UUCCGUUCUCGCGCGUCCAGCCCGCCGCGCAUGCGCAAGACCAGCGGCCCGCGGGACCUGGUCUCAGCUUGGCCCCGCGAUACCUCCUCUUCCUCUCCCUCCCUCCUUCGGGCCGGCCUUUUUUAGGAGCCACACCCUGCACACUGAGGCCGGUUCCGGAGUGGCGGCUGCCCGCUUUCUCUCUCUCUCCCCCCACGCUCCCGGCUCCCAGACGCCAUUUACGGGACGGUGGCUUGUGGUAGAACGUCCCUGCCCCCACUCCCCUCUCGUCACGGGAGAGCGCGCGCCGCGCCCCAGGAGCCAAUCAACAGCCGCCUUCGGUGACCAUGUCUGAGUCUGGACACAGUCAGCCUGGACUCUAUGGGAUAGAGCGGCGGCGGCGGUGGAAGGAGCCUGGCCCUGGUGGCCCCCAGAAUCUCUCUGGGCCUGGUGGUCGUGAGAGGGACUACAUUGCCCCAUGGGAAAGAGAGAGACGGGAUGGCAGCGAGGAGACAAGCACUUCCGUCAUGCAGAAAACCCCCAUCAUCCUCUCAAAACCUCCAGCAGAGCGGUCAAAGCAGCCACCGCCUCCAGCAGCCCCUGCUGCCCCGCCUGCCCCAGCCCCUCUGGAGAAGCCCAUUGUCCUCAUGAAGCCACGCGAAGAGGGGAAGGGGCCUGUGACUGCCACAGGAGCCUCCACCCCCGAGGGCACCGUCCCACCACCCCCGGCAGCCCCUGCACCCCCCAAGGGGGAGAAGGAGGGGCAGAGACCCACACAGCCUGUGUACCAGAUCCAGAACCGGGGCAUGGGCACUGCUGCGCCAGCAGCCAUGGACCCUGUUGUGGGCCAGGCCAAACUGCUGCCCCCAGAGCGCAUGAAGCACAGCAUCAAGCUGGUGGAUGACCAGAUGAAUUGGUGUGAUAGUGCCAUUGAGUACCUGUUGGAUCAGACUGAUGUGUUGGUGGUUGGUGUCUUGGGUCUCCAAGGGACAGGCAAGUCCAUGGUCAUGUCAUUGUUGUCAGCCAACACUCCAGAGGAGGACCAGAGGGCGUAUGUUUUCCGGGCCCAGAGUGCUGAAAUGAAGGAACGAGGGGGCAACCAGACCAGUGGCAUCGACUUCUUUAUUACCCAAGAGCGGAUUGUUUUCCUGGACACACAGCCCAUCCUGAGCCCCUCCAUCUUGGACCAUCUCAUCAACAAUGACCGCAAGCUGCCUCCGGAGUACAAUCUUCCCCACACUUAUGUUGAGAUGCAGUCACUCCAGAUUGCUGCCUUCCUUUUCACGGUCUGCCACGUGGUGAUUGUCGUCCAGGACUGGUUCACAGACCUCAGUCUCUACAGGUUCCUCCAGACGGCGGAGAUGGUGAAGCCCUCCACCCCAUCUCCCAGCCACGAGUCCAGUAGCUCGUCUGGCUCCGAUGAAGGCACCGAGUACUACCCCCACCUGGUCUUCCUGCAGAACAAAGCUCGCCGAGAGGACUUCUGUCCUCGGAAGCUGCGGCAGAUGCACCUGAUGAUCGACCAGCUCAUGGCCCACUCCCACUUGCGCUACAAGGGUACUCUGUCCAUGUUACAGUGCAAUGUCUUCCCGGGGCUCCCCCCUGACUUCCUGGACUCUGAGGUCAACUUGUUCCUGAUGCCUUUCAUGGACAGCGAAGCAGAGAGUGAAAACCCGCCAAGAGCAGGACCUGGUUCUAGCCCACUCUUCUCCCUGCUGCCUGGUUAUCGUGGCCACCCCAGUUUCCAGUCCUUGGUGAGCAAGCUCCGGAGCCAAGUGAUGUCCAUGGCUCGGCCACAGCUGUCACACACAAUCCUCACCGAGAAGAACUGGUUCCACUAUGCUGCCCGCAUCUGGGAUGGGGUGAAAAAGUCCUCUGCCCUAGCAGAGUACAGCCGCCUGCUGGCCUGAGGCUGAGGGGAGGAGUGUCAUGCAGGGAACCUCCUGGAUCCCCAGUGGACGACGAGGGAGCACGUACGUCCUUCCCCCGGUGGGGUGGAGAGUGGCAGCAGGCCUGAUGGACGAGGGGUCGUGACUUCCCUGCCCAGAAACAUGAGGUGUCCAGGGCCAGGCCCCCCACCCUCAAUUGGGGGCUGCUCAGGAGUGACUUGAAGAGAUCCCACCCCCAACCUGAGACAAGGCAACCCAUCCCAAGUACCCCACAGGGACAGGCAGUGGGAGGAGUCUGAAUGGUCAUCAGGAAGCCCAAGCUCCAUCUUGGCCUGUCCUUCAGGGAUGGGAGCCACAGGUCCCUCUUCCCUGACUCUGAGCUCGUCCCUGGAAGGUGAGGCAGGGUCUGGAGAGCUCUUAUUGGAGCAGAGCUAGUGGUUCAAAUAAACGUGGUCAUGCAAGCCUGUUCUCGUGUUCCUCAUCCACCUCUACCCAACAUGCUGUUCUGGCAAGCAGGGCACAUUGAGACUCAGGCCUUGUGAGAAGAUUAUCGCUUGGCUGCCUUGGAACCCGGACAGACUUCCCUUGGGGAUACAUUCACUGUGGGUCAUAGAAUUGUUGCAAGCAGGUGGAGACUAGUCUCAGCUAAGGCAGAAGCCCCUAGAAAAGGCUGUUCUGUUUCCUGGGUUGGCAUCAGGCGUCCCUUUUGUGUGUGUUUUGGGUAGGAAAAUAUAAUUUGGAUAAAUACA